AUGCCAGGCAUGACGUCGGACCAUUUCGAGACAUCGCCAGAACGAGAAAUUUUCAGAAUGACAUCUUCAGCGAAGAAGAAGACGAACCCUCUUUCGAAGAAGAAGAAGAAGAUGGGCGCAUCACAAGAAGAUGGCGCCUCUUUCGAAGGAAGGGCUUUCUCACAUCCGACCAAGACUGAAGGUGUUGCCGAGGGACAAUCUGCAGCUACUGCUGUGGAGCAAUUUAGUACUGUGUCUGUCGAAGCGCCGGAGAAUGAUGCUACUCCCGUAGCUUUAUUUGAGUCUUUUGCCGUCUCCGCUGUUGCUGAGUAUACUGUAAUACCUCUCGCAGGGGCUACCGAGUCGUAUGCUGACGCAACGGCAACCUCCGGUGCUGCCGUGGAGGGUCACACUAUUUUUCCGCUUGCUGAGUCUCUUCCUACGUCUGCUCCUGCCGCUGCCUCUGCUUCUGCUCCUGAAGGAAGUCACCAGGAACAAUCAUCCGACGUCAGGCGUGCAGUUUUUCGCCUUCCACGAUUGCGAUACUCGUCAGGACUCACGUCGUCGCAAAAGCGGGUUCGUAAUCGACACUAUGGCACCCAACAUCUUGCCCAGCAUGUUGCUACAAGAACUCCUGGCUUCCUUCGCUGGUAUUCGGUACCAGCAGGAAUACUAGCUGUUGCUACGAUUGUGGGUGUGAUUUCUAUACUCGUUUGUUCUAGAAAUGAGGCUAAGAAGGAGAACUCGACGUCGGGAGGACUCCCCAGCAACGCUCUAGCUGGCGUCUUGUUUUCUGUUGCAGCUGCGGUGGUGAUUCAAGAGCUACGACUUGUUGCUGCAGUUGGUGCCGUUAUCGAGGCUUGUGAUGCUUUUGCUUUGGGCGACAUAGUCUUGAAGAAGCAGAAGAGGAAAUCAGCUGACUUCGGGUCCCCUGUUGAAACUUGGAUCUCAUGUCGGACGGGAGGAUCAGGUGGGAACGAGAAACAGCUGGACCACUACGAGGAGGAGGGUGAAGAUGAUGGAGCUGGAGGCAGUCACAACACUUUAGAACAUCAAGUGAAGACGAUUAGCUUUGGAGGAGACGCGCGUCAGCUUCUAUCUGUAGAAGAUAUUCUUGGCUCGCCAACUCGUAGAGAUGGUAGACCUGGUGGUGGAGCAGUAAAACUACCUAGUAGCUUCGUAGUACCACUGGUUUUGGCGUGUAUUUCGCUCUUAGUCGCCAUAGCGCUGCUAGUCCAACCCAUUUCGUCUUCCUCGACGGUUUCACUCCUCCACGCUCUACUUUUCGGCUGUCUAGCUUUACCUACUGCGUUUUCCGUCCGUCGGUUGGGUACCAGUCAGCUUUCCGGGAUUGCUGAUGCACGACUAGCGAAACUCGAAGUUCAUUUAGCAGCGUUGCUCGACUUCAAUCAUAGUGUGUUGAUAGAAAGAGGGAAACAAGCUUCGAGCAUUGGCAUCGUCGACCAGUCCGCACAAGAAGGACUCCAAGGGCAACAAGCUUCGAGCAUUGGCAUCGUCGACCAGUCCGCACAAGAAGUACAGCACCCAGUCGAAGUCGAUUUGUUGGAUGAAAUCUGCUGCCGUCUUCACAUCCCUGAAGCAGACAUUGUAAUGGAACGGUGUAUGCUGUCACUUCGUAGGUCGACGCAUUGCUGCGCUGUUUUUCAUCUUCUUCUACGGUCUGGGCCUGUACAACUUGGACCAAGAAGAGUAUGGCGGUAUUGUGGAUGUGACUAUGGGUUGGACUUUUGGCCCCUUUUCACAGGAGAAAGCCCCUUUUCACGCGACGUUGUGCAGGUACGCUUUUCAGCGAGAGGAAGGAGCGUAAUACUAAACUCGACGAUACCGGCUUCAACUUCCUCAUCAGCCUCAUCUUCCACCUCACUCAUGCUUUCACUAGUACCCGCCUCAGUUUCAUUACUCCUCCCAUCCCCUGCACGACUCCAUAGCGUUCAUUCCCACAGCAUGAACCGCUGUGAGCAUGUUCCUGAUGCUAUGGUGCAGGUAUUCUUCGACUCUAAGGAAGAGUGGGCACGCGCACGAGACGUGUUGCGGAUCUGACGUGAGCUUUGGGUGAUGAAUCAUUUCUCUCUCUCAAAAUUGUUAUUCUACAAUACCACUGCAACUUCCAAGAAUAUUUCCACACUUCAUUGCAGCGCUUGUUCUGCACCAACUGUCUAACGCUAUAACUUGUCGCCAUCUAGUACACAAAGCUGCCUUCAUCUCGAACAUGGAGGAAGGAAUGGAGAGGGCGUCAGGCUGAGGGAGCGAGCUGAGCGAAGACAAGGUCGAGAGCUUCCAAAUCGCGAAAAAAGUCGUAUGAUUAUAUCGGCUGCGAAACGUGUCGAACAAAAUCGGCCGAAAGAGUAUUAAGAAG